AUGAUAUUAAGCCUUCUAUGGAAAUUCUCAUGGCAGUUGAUUGUGCUAGGAGUCGCUACUUACAUUGGCAUAUUCUACACUAACAGUUCCAAGAAAAACACUGCUUCAAAAGUCGCCUUGAGUGAAGCGAGGGAAACCCAGGAGAUUAUAAAUUUCAUACUCAAGAAGAAACGGCGAUUGAUGGAAACAUAUUGCGAGGACUCAUCAGACUUGUGCUUUGCUAUUGAGGAUCGACCACUUAUGAAAGAUAACAAGUAA